AUGUCCAACCACAGGACUCGACCCGCUCGCUCAAACAGCUUGCAGCGCAUGCUGGAGCUCGAGCGCCGCUACAUGAAAGCUAACGCGCCUCCUUUCUUCGCCCGAAUCCAGCUUGAGCGACUCCAGGCCUCGGCCUCGCAAGCGAAUGCAUUGUCGGCCAACUCGGGCUCCCUAACUGCCGUUGUCUCCAAGCCACCAUUGUCAUCGGCCAAUCGCCCUGCAGUUCAAGCUCACCGUCUCGAGCCACCCCCCCUGAAGGAUGCUGCCGUGGGCGCCACCGGCUCUAAAGCUCGGGAGACAAGGCCAGACACCCAUAUCGUGCCGCUGACCAUCAACAUCAGCUCGCCCAUGCUCAAACUGGAUACCGCGCCCGAUUCCAACAAUGGCGCCCAGAGGGGUGCCGUGGUGGUGCAUCAAUCGCCAGCGGUGGACAAGCCCGCCCUCAAGGCUGUCUCUUUCGACGUUCCGCUCAGCAUCGAUGAAGAGGAGCGGCGAUCCAUUUGCCAGUCUCCGAGCUGGGAGGCAUAUGGCCGUCGCAAGAAGAGCGAGAAGAAGGAGUCCAAAAAGGAGCAGAAGAAAGAGCAGCUCAAGAAGGAACAAUUGAAGAGGGAAGAAGAGAGAAAGGAGCAGGAGCGCAGAGAACAGCUGAAAAAGGAGCAGUUGAAAAAGGAGCAACAGAAGAAGGAGGAGCUGAAGAAGGAACAGCUUAAAAGAGAACAGCAGAGAAAGGAGGAGCAGAAGAAGGAACAGCUCAAGAAGGAGCAGGCCGAGAAGGAGUUACGAAAGAAAGAGCAGCAGGCAAAGGCGUCGAAGCGCGAAAAGGAGGAAUCCACGUUUAAGAAUGCGUUGAUUAAGAAGAAGCGCUUGAGCAAGCAACCUCCUCCUGCGUCGUCACAGGCCAUUGAGCAGGCGAAUCGCAUAACCGUCGAGGCGGCAGCAUCAUCAUCCAGAGGCAGGCAGAGGCCGUCGAGUGCCCUGGAGUUUGCGCCUCCCGGCAACAACGACACGCCCGUUCGCCCGCACCACAGGCGAUCCGGCUCCUUCACCUCCCUGAUUAGGGCACCCUUCGAGUCUCGGCGGGCUUCCUCCGAUACGGCUCGCCCAAUUGAAACGGGCUUCAUCGGCGGCAUUAAGCUGGAGAUACAACGAUAUGCCGCCAACCAAAAGGCCGCGGAGGAGCCUCAGAACAUGGACGAGUCCAAGAUCCACCCGGCCCUUCGGACGAACAACGCUCACAAUCAGAAGUGGUCUGCACCUGCUGCUCGCCCAAGCCCGGAACCCCAGCGCCGAGCUUAUCCUCCCAUCACUCGGCAUCCGGCGACAGCGGCGAAGACAAGGUCUCUGAUAUCAAGCGCCGAGAUGGAGGCUCAGGACACUGGCACAAUGGAGAAGUGGAGGGCCUUUGUUGGUCUGAAACCGAAAGACCCGGCUGAGCCAACCAAGACCGCCCCCCAGCAGGAGGGUUCCAACAAGCCUGCGGCUCCUGCCGAGGCAGGCAGAUCGUCACCCGCAGUGCCAUCACCACGGGCCAACAAUGCGAGCAUUGGGGCGACUUUGGAUAUUCGACCAUUGACGGCCACUGCUCCCUCUCCGUUGGGCACACCUGUCGGCGGCAGUAAUCAGGCCGCCAAGCCUAAGCUCAGCAUCUCAACCGGCGAUGACCAACCGAGCAGUUCCACUGCCGCACUGAAGCCACCUAGAGAGAAGCUGUCUCAAGCCAACCUUGCCCAGCUGCAGCAGCAUGAAGGUAAUGGUCCUAUCAAGAGCAAUAGCCCUGCAGACAAAAGUCAUGUCAACAGCUCAACCCCUGAGUCCGGUUCUCUGCCGCCCGCGCCACCCCGUCGAAGCUCGAAGCGAAACUCCCUCCUCAGCUUAGAUGGCUCAGUAUCAUCUGUGUCUCGCUCACGUUCGCCAGCACAUCGACCCAGCAGCUCAGACUCUACCACUAGCAUUGGCGAACGGAUAACAGGCAAGCCGAAGAGGACCGCAGAUGACACGUCAGGCGGAACAGAAAUACAGAGCGGCGGCGCUCCUCUCCAAAGCCCUGCCUCUCGGGAGACCGGUCGCAUCACCAGAAAUCAGAAGCCAGACCCGAUCGAGGUUCCGACAUGGGAGGACAUCCAAUCGUCUGUCAUGCAAGUCAUUGACACGAAGGUCUCGCUGUCUCCGAUUCGCAAAUCUCACAGCUCCCUUCGAGAUGAUAGUGAUUUUACUGUUCGCCGCCUCACAGACGAUUCAGUCCCAAACACAUCGGCUGACGAUGAUUCUUCGGAUGACUUCCACUCGGUGUCAACACCUGGUACGCCCGACACCUCCCGGCCUCAAUCCGAAAAGGGGGUCCCUCCGUUGUCUCAAGAUGUUGAGGGUAACCGAGCAGGCACAGAGCAGCACCGAGCGAGGAACCUCUCGCAAAGCCCAGUCAAGCAACCGCUGCUGCUCCAGAUUGGGGGCUUCUCGGGUUCAAGCAGCCCGCCCAAGGUUGCAACCACCAAGACCACCACUGCGGACAGGCCACAAGCUGCUCACCAGCGGGCGCAAUCAGCCGUGGACUCUGCCCCCCGAGCUGACUUCCUGCCGAAGCUGAAGCAUCAACCCCUGAAGGCUGUGGAAAACGCAUUGAUACCGAAGCAGCAUGUGCCCUCUGCGGAGUCCUUGCUUCCCGGAGACGAAAGAGCAAGUAGCAAGACUCAGCUCGUCGUCGCACCGUGGCCCGCCUCCUAUCUUGAAGAGGCUCGGAAAGCAGCCCCCCUGGCUCCGCCUCCUCAGGUGCUAGGAUCGCCUCGCCUCGUGCCUAAGGGAACGCCGCCGGCAUCGAUUCGCAGCCAGCCUUCGCCCACCACGGACCUGACACCAACAAAGGGGCCACGGCACACAGCGGGUUCGCCCGUUGGCGGCGAGCCAAUUGCCAAGAUGUUUGUGGAGUGCUGCGGAUGCAAGUACUACCACGACAUGCCCAGCAACAUCUACGAAGCCAUGGCCAACCCGGAGGCCGUCAUUCGGCCAAGGGGCAAUGUGGGAUUCACUGGCGCAUUAUCCAUGACGGUGAAGUGCCCGUGGUGCUCCCACGAGAUGAGCACCAAGUGCUGCGCUGGCUAUGCCGCCAUGGUUUACGUCAAGGAGAGGCUCCAUUAGUGACCCGACCCCAUGUUUUUCGUGUCUUUUCCUUGUCCUGUUUGUGUUCAUAUCAUACCAUUUACGAGGUCACGAUUUUCUCUCUCUCUCUCUCUUUUUUUUUUUUUCACGCCCAGAUUGAGCUUCUACAGCCAACCAUAUCUUCAAAAUAAUGAGCCAUACUUGGAGGGAGCCGUUUGCUGAAUUCCUCAAUUUCUUUCUCCCUCAUUUCCC